UCUCAAUUGAACAAAAGAUUUCAAUUACGCAUUGUCGUAUUUUACUUUUUAAAUCAUUCUCUUUUAUUUCUUGUCAUGGUAUUUCUUACCAAUCGAAAACCAUUCGACACAGCUGAUCUUCAAUUGAUGGCCCGACAUUUCAUUUCUUUUUAUCCCAUUUAAAAAGUGCCUUUUGGAAAAAAAUGAUUUUCUGAUUGAAAGUUUUUUGUUUGAACUUUGUUUGUUAUCAAUGCAGAUUGUGUUCAUCGGUCGACGGUAAAAGCGAACAAAAAAAGACUCUUUGUCAAAAAGAGAUACCACCACAGUAUGGUAGUGGUGUCGUUCGCUGUCAAAUACGAGUUCAUAUUGUCUGGCGCGCAAAUGUUUCAAUCUCACCAAAAUGGGGAAUUUGUUGUUGUAGAGAAAUGUCAAAAUUUUACCAUUUCAAAUACAGUUGUCUAUCGGAAUAUAUGUGUCUGUGUGCUUGAUGUAAAGAAAAUAUUUUUUUUGUUGUUCCGUAAAACAGUUUUUGUCUCUUUAAAUCGAUCGAAAACAGUUUGAGCAGUUGUUUAACAAAGUAAUCGCUGAUAGUUUUUUUAUUUCUUCGAAUUGAUUGAACAUUACCAGUAAAAAUGCCGACGACAUUGGAAUUGUGUGAAAAAUACUUUGGCACCAAAGAUAUUUACAAAUUGAUGAAUUUAACAAAGGAUUCGUUGGAAAAAGACGUGAAAAAGGCAUACUAUAAACUAUCAUUACAAGUGCAUCCGGAUCGUGUAAGUGAAUCGGAGAAGGAAGAUGCCACCGAAAAAUUCAAAGUGCUCACCAAAAUCAAUGCCGUAUUAACUGAUCCGGAUAAAAAAGCAUUAUACGAUCAGCAAGGAAUCAUCGACGAUGACGGUGAUAGCGAUUGCAAUUGGUUGAAAUUAUGGCGGGAAUUCUUCAAACCAAUUACAACAACUGAUAUUGAGAAUUUCCAUCAGAAAUACAUCGGUUCGGAGACAGAGGAGCGUGACAUUCGUAAGGCAUAUUUGGGUGGAAAGGGUUGCAUCAAUUUCAUGAUGAAUAGUGUCCCAUUCAUGACUGUGGAAGACGAACCACGAAUCAUGGAGAAGGUCAAAGAAUGGAUUUCAAGCGGUGAGCUUCCAGAGUACGAACAAUUCACGAAUGAGCCAAAGGCAAAACGUAAUCGACGCCACAAAAAGUAUGCACGCGAAGCAAAAGAAUCGGAAGUAAUAAAGGCUGAUAUGGCGAAAAAGUCGAAAAUGACCGGCACCUUGGAACAGCAAAUAAUGAAACGCCAAUCGGAGCGCGAACAGUCCUCAAAUAGUUUCUUUGAUAGGCUGCUGGAAAAGUAUGGCGAUGCAGAUGACUCAGAAGAAUAUGUAUUUCCAGCAAAACGGUCAAAGAAAACCACCGCAAAGAAAACAACCACUAAAGAUACACUCAACAAAGUGAAAAAUGGUCGAGUGUCGAAGAAAAAGAUAUAAUAAGGAUAAAUCAUUUUCUAUACUAACCAAUUUCAAAUUGGUGUGUGAAAAAUGGCGCCAAAACGUACUCUACCGACAAAAUAACUGAACUAGUUGUUAUUUGGCUGAUGCAAUACCCCAUCAGAAUUAAUCGAUGUUCAAAUUAUGCACGC